AUGGUCAUUGAUUUAUGCCGCAAUGUAGCAAAGUUUUUGCGACUUUCCAGCACGAAAAAUGCUAUGAAGGAAGCGGGUUUGGUCUCAAUACUGCCAGGUCUGGAUGUUGCAACAAGAUGGAGCUCUACAUACCUGAUGAUUCGAAGCGUUUUAAAGUGUGAAACGGUUAUUAAACACUUUGCAAGCCGUGUAAAUGAUAUGAACCAGUUGCUAGCAAAAUGGGAUGUGUUAAAGGAAAUUAAAACAGUCUUGCAUUUGCCAUAUUUAUCUACGAUUAUGCUUCAAAAAGAAAACUUUACAUUGUCCGAUUUUUAUGGUUGCUUAAAAGUUAUUGAUAUGAAGUUGAGCCAAAUGUUGUCGAAUCCACAUCAAAAUUGCACAGACCUUGCAAAAAACCUGAAAUUGCAUUUGGAUAUACGUAAAAAGCGAUUGAUUGAAAAUCCUUUGAUGCAAUGUGCAUUAUUUCUAGAUCCUCGUUUCAAAUGCGAGUUAGAUGGCGAUUCGGAAAGAACUAUUUUUAUGAAAUUAAUACUUGACAACGUCCGGAAUAGAAUUCAAUCAAUUAAAAAUGAUAACGAACAAACAGAAGAAGAGGAAACAAAUAGCGAAGUUCCAAACAAAUCAACUGAUAACAUGAACGAUUUUUAUACUGAGUUGGAUCAGCAAUAUGAAGCCAGUGGAAUCGGUGCACUUGGUGGUGAUUUUUCAACGAUUAGUCCUGAUUACUCCAAAGAUAAAAGUGAUAUUGCUAUUGCUGUUAACAAAUAUGAACAUUUUGUAUUCGGAACACGUAUGAAGAGCAGUGAUUCGGUGCACUCAUUUUGGGAAUCGAACAAAAAAACAUUCGGGCCAGAGUUGUAUGAAAUAGCUUCCGUCAUAUUUGCCAUUCCACCCACACAGACAACGGUUGAACGUUAUUUCUCAGGAUUAAAAUUACUUUUUACUGAAUAUCGAUGUCAGUUAUCUGAAGACUUGUUAGAAUGUUGUCUCCUUAUACAUUUAAAUAAAGAUCUUUAUAAAAAAGUUAAGAUACUAGAUAUUAAGAAAGUAGAAGAGAGUCUAAAAGGACAAAAUAUUUGUUAA